AUGACUGACCCAGUAGACCCGGGCCAGUGGUGCAACGCCAUCUCCUCCCAAGGAGCCACCAUCGUGCAGGUUUCUUCUUUGUGGAGGACAAGACCCUACCGGGGACUCAAUGACAUAACGGUGAAGAUCCGCUACCCGCUACCACUCAUCUCCUCUGAGCUGCUCCAGGGUGCCACCAUAUUUUCCAAGGCGGAUCUACGGAACGCCUACCACCUGGUGCAGAUAUGGGAGGGGGAUGAGUGGAAGACCGCCUUCCACAUGGCCAGUGGCCACUACGAGUAUUUGGUCAUGCCAAUUGGCCUCACCAAUGCCCCUGCUGUGUUCCAGGCUCUGGUUCUUCAACGUCUCCUGGACAAUCAGCUGUUUGUUAAGGCAGAGAAGUGUGAGUUCCAUCGCUCCACCAUCCCCUUUCUGGGGUAUAUCAUCUCUGCUGUGAGUGUCCAGAUGGAUCCAGAGAAGCCCUCGCUCUUCCCUGAGCAGGAAGAAGAUGUCAGCAUACCUUCUGCCCAGAUGUUUGUCCACCGCUGUCGUUGUACCUGGAGGAGAGCCCGGUCGGCCCUCCUCAAGAUCACCUCCAGGAAGCUACGGUGGUAUAGUUUCCAGAACUCUCACAGGCCAAGCCUGACUUCAGCCUCCCAGGAGAUGAACCGCCAGUCAGCCCCUCAGCUCAACCUGCUGCAGAAGUUCUCUCUGCUCCGGCUCACUGCUAUCAUGGAGAAGUACUGCGAACCCAACCAACAUGGCUGGAGCUGGUCAAUUUCUAAGUUUAUGAAGAGCAGUAAGGUCCCUGACUACAGGGACAAGCAGGUUUUUGGUGUCCUGCCAAUCAUCAAUGUCCAAAGGACUGGGCAACCGCUACCCCAGGGCAUCCAGCAGGCCAUGCGCUACCUCCGUAGCCAAUGUCUGGAAAAGGUUGACAUUUUCCGUAAGUCUGUGGCUGACCUGCUGAAACAGUACUUCAGAGACCUGUUGAGAGACAUGCGUCUUCAGGCAGCCCAGGCUGCAGUCAUCCUGUUGCCUGACGAGAACUGGGAGGUCCUGCAGACCCUGCUCUACUUCCUCAGUGACAUCGCUUCUGCUGAGGAGAACCAGAUGACAGCUGACCUGGCCGUGUGCCUGGCCCACUCCAUCCUGCACCUCAACGUCUCCAAGAAGGAGGGCACCUCCCCUAGAUUAAUCCACCAAAAGGGGGCAGGUGGAAAACCAGACCACAAGGACCUGAGUGAGAACAUGGCUGCCAGUCAAGGGCUCAGCCACAUGAUUGUGGAAUGUAAGAAAUUAUUCCAGUUCCCUCAUGAGAUGAUGUUGCAGUCGCGGAACUCCUACGUUGCAGCAGACGCCCAGCCAGUCCCUCUCUACAGCCUGGGCCUGAACAUGAAGGGCAAUCCUGUGGAUUACAGAGCCUACCUGGAGGAUAACAUCCAAGCUGUACUGAGGGAGGCCAUAGCAAAGAGCAAAGGAUGGCACAGUGCCCCAAGCCCAGAGAACACAGAGCUGACCUACAAGAAGGUAGGGGAUGGCCAUCCCAUCCGUCUUUGGAAAGUGACCACAGAGAUCGAGGCUCCGCCCCAGACAGUGUUGCACAGAGUUCUGCGUGAGCGCCACCUGUGGGAUGACGACCUACUACACAGCCGUGUAAUCGAGGCUCUAGAGGACAACACAGAGGUGUAUCACUUUGUGACAGACAGCAUGGCACCUCAUCCCCGCAGGGACUUCGUAGUGCUGAGGCGGUGGUGAUUAGGCGGUGGAGACCUUCCUCGGGGCCUAUGUCUGCUAGUGUCCUCCUCUGUGGACCAUGACAACGUUCACCUGGAAGCGGGGCUACAGGCAGUGCUGCUAACCUCACGGUUCCUGAUUGAGCCCUCUGGGAUGAGCCGGUCCAGGCUGAUGCACUACUGCAGAGCGGACCUCCGGGGACGAUCACCUGAGUGGUACUGCAAAGUGUUUGGCCAUCUCUGUGCAGUGGAAGUUUCUAGGAUACGGGGCUCCUUCCCUGUGCUCACAGCAAGAGGAACAGAGACAAAGAUUUGAGCUCUGAGAUGGCCAGACAGCCCACCUCAGACACGUGCUGCCUACGGCUCACAAUUACUAAAAUUUAGAGUGCCAAUCUGUAGCAUUAUGCUACAUCUACCUGAGAAACUCUCUACAGUGUCAUCAACAUAGGACUGUCAGGAUGUGGACUCUCAUAUUGUACUGAUGUCCCAUUAGGAGCAACUGUGGAAUUGGUAGCAAUAUUCUAAACAAGUCUAUGCAUUAACUCACGAUAACAUAUUCAAAAGUACUCUGAAGUCAAUUAAAUAGUUUAGAUAAACAAAAU